CUCCCAACGCGCUACUUAUAAUUUAGACGUUACCACCCAAGGAGAGGUGUGUGACAUUUUGUGAAUUUAGUAUCCCUGCGAAUCAUUUGCGAACUGUUUCGAUGAGUGAACAUAACCAACCCAAACCUCCAAGUAAUAAUGAUGAGGAACAGUCUGUACCUGGUGUUGAAAUUGAUGAACUCGAUCUAUCAAACAUGGAAAGUGAAGAAAUUGAUUUGGAACAUUGCCGAAUUAAAUGCAUCAGCAAAUUAGAGCGUUUCCCAAAUGUCCGUCGCCUGUGUCUUCGGAAUAAUCUUUUGAAAAAGCUGGAAAAUCUUGAACCUGUCUGUCAAACACUUGAGGAGCUAGAUUUAUAUGAUAAUCAAAUUACAAAGAUCGAAAAUCUGGAAUGUCUUUCAAACCUAGUCAAUCUGGAUUUGAGUUUCAAUCGUAUUAAAUGUAUUGAAAAUCUAGAUAAUCUACAUUGUGUGACAAAGCUGUAUUUGGUAAAUAAUCGUAUAUCAAAAGUAGAGAAUCUAAGCAGUAUGCGGAAUUUAGAAAUGCUGGAACUUGGUUCAAACAAAAUACGAAAACUGGAAAAUCUAGAAGAGCUGACAAAGCUAACCCAACUCUAUUGUGGUAAAAACAAGAUAUCAGCACUGGAAAACUUGGAUACAUUAACCAAUUUAACACUGCUUAGUGUUCAGGGUAACAGAGUCACUAAAAUAUGUGGAUUGGCCAGACUUGUCAAUCUGGAACAGUUGUAUCUUAGUGAGAACGGAAUAACGGAAAUCGAAGGACUAGAAACAUUAUCAAAACUACAAAUUCUAGACCUAGCGUGCAAUUUCAUAUCAGAAAUACAAAACAUGUCACAUCUACAAAAUUUAGAAGAAUUUUGGUUCAACGACAACAAAAUAUCUGACUGGGGACAAAUAGAGAAACUAAACGUUUUGAAAAAACUUCACACAGUUUACAUGGAACGAAAUCCCAUUUAUUUCCUGAACUCAGAUCGUACAAGACACGACCCUAAUUAUCGACGUAAAGUACUCUUAGCUCUUCCGAACCUCCGACAAUUGGAUGCAAACCCCACUGGAGUUAAUAUGUGAUACAUGAGUCAUACAAAUAGAGUUUUCCCUCACAGCUUAAUAUCUAUCGAUUUCUCGGACCUUGUGAAAAAUUAUGUGGUGAACCUCAACUCACUUUUUUUCUAGCUAUUUUCAAUGAUUGUAAGAAGUAAAAUUUCCAAUAUACACUUUGUGAACUGAA